UAAAUAUUAUUUCAUGAAAUUUACUUUUUGAAUCUUAAUUUUUAUUUUUAUUUAUAUUUUGUAAUUACGAAACUUGUGUAAAUAUCAAUCGACCAGUUCGUUAGUUUAGUUUUAGAGGGAAAAGUGAAAUAGAUUAUUUUGCUGUUGAAAUGGGCAAAAUUGGCCUCCAGUUAAAAGCGAAUUUGGAAAAUGUUACUAAUUUGAUUCCUGAUGGAGAUGAUUACAGAUGGCAUUUAAAAUUAAGAUGCAUGAAUUGUGGAGAAGAAACAGAAAAAUGGCAAUAUAUUGUUAUUUUGGAAAAAAUACCUAUGAAAGGAAGCAGAGGAGAAGCUAAUUUGGUCAGUAAAUGUAAACUCUGUGGAAGAGAAAAUUCUGUUGAUAUUAUUAAAGAUUCUUUGACUGCUUAUUCUUCGGCGGAUGAAUCGUUUCAAACCGUAAUUAUGUUUGAAUGUCGUGGACUGGAACCUUUUGAUUUUUCUCCUAGGGGUGGUUUCAAAGCAGAAGGACUUGAAAGUGGAACAAAAUUUACAGAUAUUAAUUUAGAACAAAAGGAAUGGGCUGACUAUGAUGAAAAUGCGAAAACUUCUGUUGGAAUAUAUGACUUGGAACACAGAUUUGUGAAACUGUGAAUGGUUUGAAUUUCAGAUACUUUUUUUAAAAGUGGAAUUAAUGAUUUUAAUUCGGUAAAUAAGAAUUUGGAUGUUUUAAAUUUUCACUAGUCAUUUAUAUUUAAUCUGAAAUUUCUUCAAGUAAAUGAAAAAUUUAUAACUGCCCAUUAUGAAUAUUGGAUUGCCAAUACUUAAACAAUUGUUUUGAUGCAAGUUGUAAAAUCAAUUUUAAAAAUAUUCCUAAUUUUAUAAAAAGAGUUGAAUAAAAAAUACAUUGUUAAAC